AUGGCCAUUUCCUCUGUGAUUACCUUCCACUACGCACUAGAGGAGGGAUAUAAAACACCUGCAGGUGGAGUGAAUGGCUUGACUGGAGAACUAGAAUUUGCAGAAAAUGGGGGGAAUCCCAAUGUUCACUUUGAAAUUUUGGGGACAAAUUAUGGAGAAGAUCUUGGCAGAGGCAUUCGCAAGGUUGUGGAGACUAAUUUGGUUGCUUUUGACUGUCACUGGAUCAUUAUAAAUGAGGAAAUCAGUGAUUUGGAUGUGCAAGAACUGGUGAGAAGGUCAAUUGGAAGGUUAACAAUUAUUCGACAGACAUUUCCUGUCCCUCAAAACAUAAGUCAGCGCUGUUUCCGUGGCAACCACAGAAUAUCUUCAUCACUGUGUGAUCCAAAGGACCCUUUCUCCCAAAGCAUGGAGAUUUCCAAUCUGUACAUAUAUGACACUGUCCUUCUGCUAGCAAAUGCCUUUCAUAAGAAGCUAGAGGAUAGGAAGUGGCACAGCAUGGCCAGCCUGACAUGCAUUAGGAAGAACUCAAAGCCCUGGCAAGGAGGACGAUCCAUGUUGGAAACCAUCAAGAAGGUACCUUUUUCUGUACUUCAUCAUCAUUGAUUUUUUAAA